AUGCAUGGGAGUGGCAAUUUGGUGGAUAACAACAAAAGUAGAGCCCAUUUUAUUAAAAGUAAACUAAUUAAAAUGGCCGGCAGUGCCAGCCCGCUUUCUUGUCUUGUUAAACAAACUCAACGUUCGAAAAUCAUAUUGGGAGCAGAACUCGAAGAAGAAAAACAUCCCCCCCAGUCAAACAAACAAUCAAUGGCAAAGCCUUCCUAUUUCCAACUGACGAUCUCUUUCUUGUUGAUCGGAGCUCUGAUUAUCUCUGCCGAAGCCGGAGGAGGCCACCACGAGUUCAGCUGGAUGCCAGCGAAACCGGCCUGCCAAGGCUCCAUAGCAGAGUGCAUGGUCGACGGCGAAUUUGCGAUGGAUUCGGAGAUCAACCGGCGCAUAUUAGCAACCACUAAGUACAUAAGCUACGGUGCUCUGCAGAGGAAUACUGUUCCGUGCUCUCAGAGAGGCGCUUCCUACUACAACUGCCAACCGGGAGCAGAGGCUAAUCCGUACACCCGUGGAUGCAGUGCCAUUACUCGUUGCCGGACUUGAUUUUCUCUCUCUUUCCUUUUCGUUUGCGUGUAAGAUAACACUGUGAUUGUGAUUGUGAUAAUAAUUGAUGAUUUACGUUCAUCCUCCUACCUCUGCUUGUUUAUUUUGUUGUUGUUGUUGCCGUUGCUGUUGAAUGUGUAUGGUGGAUGAUCCGAUGUUGUUCUGCUUUAGUCCAUCUUUUUCUUUUUUUGGCUUUUCUUUCUUAAAUUU